AAGCCUUUCAGGAUACGAUAUUCAGACUAUAGCCCAGUCGGCCGGGGAGGACUCAUCUUUUCACUUGUUUAAUUAUUAAUUUACAGAGACGAAAAUGAAGAUUUUCAUUGUGAUUUCAGUCGUGCUGUUGAGCAAGUGUUCCGAAGGCGCCAUUAGCCAGGUUUUGGAUCAGUGCUGCCUGACAGGGUCUACCUGGGCGGGAGAGCUGAGCCAGAGGUGUGACUCCUACCCUACAGCGGUCGAGGGAGUAGGAGCAGACGACCAACGCGCUUGUCGGGCUAUUCUCGAAGUCUGCUGCAUGAAAGCAAAACAAAAACAACAAUGCGAUCGGGGUCACAAAGAUGCUUUGGAAUUCCCAUCUUGCACCACACGGAAUGUAUUCGGUGCAGAACAGUAUCUGGAAUGUUGUCAUUGCUGUCAUCUGGGAAUGGCUCACCGUGAUAUGGGCGGUGACUGUAACUAUCUGUCAGACGUCGCUUUCGGAGGACCAUGUGACCGGAAGUUUAGGGAAUGUUGUAUUGGCGCAGUAAACGAGACAGUUGACAAUGACAUCGACGAAUGUGAGUUACAUCCGGGUGUGUUGUGUAGUCACAGCUGUGUGAACACGCUGGGUAGCUACCGCUGUGAGUGUGAAUCAGGCUAUAGUCUACACAGUGACGCCAGAACGUGCAUCCAGGACGACAGCGGAAUUAAUUGUUCCCUGUACGACCCUUGUGAACAUCGAUGUGUGGACGAUACUACCGGUGUGCGCUGUCAGUGUAACUCCGGCUACCAGCUGGACGUGGACGGUGUCUCCUGUCAGGACAUUGACGAGUGUGCUCGUGGGACGUCUAACUGUGUCGGUGACAAGAGAUGUAUCAACACGGAAGGCGGAUUCAGCUGCGAACCCAUCACCGUGCCAGUCAACCAGUGCCCGGAUGGGACGGAGUAUGACGUGGCUUCCGGUGAAUGCCAACCCAUAACGACUGAAACUUGUGACCCUGGAUAUGCUUUCAACACCGUGACCGAGGCUUGCGACGACCUGGACGAGUGUACUGUAUUCCUCCAUAACUGUUAUGGGGCCUACAUGCUGUGUAUGAAUACCCCUGGUAGUUUUACCUGUCGCUGUGAUGAGGGCUUCUCUUACAACAACCGCUCUAUGAGCUGCCAGGAUAUCGACGAGUGUGCGCAGAACAUCAACACGUGCCAGUCCACCCAGCGCUGUGAGAAUACCAUCGGCUCCUUCCGGUGUGGGCGUCUGAUUGGCUGUGGUACGGGGUACACCUUGGACUCGGACACGCAGCGUUGUGUUGAUCGGGAUGAAUGCCUCCUAAAAAUCCACAACUGUGGCUCCGGAUACAACUGUGUCAACAUCCAGGGGUCCUUCCGGUGUGUGCCGACGCAGUGUCAGUUUGGUUACCGCUUUUCUUCCGCUUCUGGUAGAUGUGAGCCUAUCAACUGUCAACGUGGACUGGAGCCAAACAGGCGAGGAGCCUGCGUAGAUAUAAAUGAGUGUGAGCGGGCCAACACGUGUCGACGGACGGAGACCUGUAAAAACACAUACGGAUCGUAUCGCUGUAGGAGCAUGUUAGACUGCCAACCUGGGCACGAGGUGGACCCUAACACUCAGGUCUGUGUCGACAUUGAUGAGUGCGGCCGAAACUUACAUGACUGUCGACAAAACCAGAGGUGUAUCAACCGUCCCGGAAGUUACAUCUGCGACUGCCCGAAAGGCUAUAGAGUUGGCCAGGAAGGGAACUGUGAAGACAUUAACGAGUGUGUGGAUAGCUUCGUGUGUCCGUUCGAUUCCGUGUGCGAGAACAGCCCCGGUAGCUAUAGGUGUAGCUGUAACGAGGGUCUCAGGUCCGAGGGCAGACGCUGUGUCGACAUCAACGAAUGUGAAGAUGCUAAUACCUGUCAGUACCGCUGCCUGAACGUCUACGGGUCAUUCCAUUGUCAAUGCAGAAAUGGAUAUCAACUGGGGGCCGACAAACGUAGCUGUGAAGACAUCGACGAGUGUACUCAGUUCGGGGGUCGUCACCGUCUGUGUGGAGGAAACUGUGUGAAUACACCAGGGUCGUACCAGUGUGAGUGUCCGGAGGGCUGGACAUCGUACGGCAGGGGUCAAUCUUGUAGAGACAUAGAUGAGUGCCAACGGCCGGGGAUAUGUGGACGAGACAACAUGUGCUUUAACACCAAGGGUAGCUAUAAGUGUCCCCACGUGGUAUGUCCCUCGGGCUUCGUCAAGACCAUGCUGGGACCCCGCCGUAACAGAAAACCCGGCGAAGUCAUUGACACAGAAGGUAUCAUCACCGAAAGUAGAGCAGGACGGUUGAAAGCCGAGGAGGGCGUCAUGUGUAACAGGAGGACCUGUAACGUCACAGACGUGGAGUGUCGUACAAGUAAAGUGCGCAGUAUCACGUGGCAGUUCGUGGCGCUACCUACCGUUCGAUCCCUCACACAGCCUGUCGAACUACUCAAUGUCCAAACCGUCAGCUACCUACUCAUUCCAAAUCUCAAAUUCAUGAUCAUACGUGGAAAUGAGGACGGACUAUUUGAGGCUGUGACCACAGGGAAUGCAGCUGCACUAAAUCUUGUAAAGCCAGUGAUUGGUCCAGCGGAAUACGAAUUGGUCCUGAGGUUGGAAAACUGGAAUAUCCUAGGUAACCAGCUAUUCUCGGUCUAUCUCACUCACGUCCUGGUGGACAUAUCGGCGUCCGAGUUGAGCUAAGUCUACACAGGAAGUCUCGGACAGUUCGAGAUCUGCCCUCUCCAUUCAUGCAAUCGCUGAAGACAGCAAUCAUGUGAAAUUGAAAUCGUAGAUAUUUCAUUUUAUUUUUAUUUUGUCAUUGUGGUAAGAGGUUUCAAUUUAAGGUCGUAUGCUACCAAAACAAUGUCCAUGGCUUAUGUGUCAGUGAUAUCCCCUUUAAAUAUCUUAGAUAAGUAGUAAUAGAUCCGAGGUGACUUGUCAAAAAGUGUUGUCAAACACGUGCUCCUGUGUACCUGUACAAGCUAUAACCAUUCAAAUCAAAACAACAUAUAAAGUACCAUGUCUUACAGGUAACACGAUGUAAACUUCUUUUGAUUAUGAGAUGAAUGACGAUGCAGAAGUUCGGUAGCAUAUAUCCCUAACACAGAUUUUAAAACUACUAUGUUUUUAUUUUGUUAUCAUGACGUUUCAAUUAAUCAUUAUGUUUAAAGUCCUCUGUUAAAGUCAAUUUGUGAAGUUGUUAAUAACUUGAUUGUAUGUUUUUGGAUAGAUAAUCCCAGCUUUCAAAGACCAACCCAUGAAUACACAAUUGCAACUUAAAUGGUCAUUAACCUAAAACUUAGCAAUUAUUCAUCCCCUUCAUUGAAGAAACAUGGUAUUUGGAGUUCUUUAUCAAAAACAUGACUAUUGUAAAAUUAACUGUAUUAUUAGAUUUUUUUUGGUUCACCAUUUUGCGGAUUCACACAAAAUCAUUAUUCGUCAGAUAACUUUUUCGUGGUAUUUUACUUUAUUCUCAGAAUAUAAAAUUACAUGGACAAUCACAUGGUGUUUUGAACAGUUGUGUGCUUGACGUAUGACUUAAUACGUAAUUAUUUUUUUGAGAUGAAUAUUUCCCCAAAAAAUCAGAAAUACCUUUUCGAGUAACGGAACACAUACUUUUGAAUUGAUGAAAACAAACCUAUUUAAAAUGUACCAUCGAAAAUAUGAUGUACCUUGUGUUAAUCUAACCAGACUUUGAACAGGUGUUUUGAUGUCCAUACUUUGUAGAAAGUAUGAAUCACAAGAAUCCACACUAUAAUGUGAACAUUUAAGGCGCAUGGUUCUACACUUUUUAGUCUAAUAUUUAGAGAAGAUGUUCCAGUAUUUAUUUGGAUGAUUGUAUUAGGUCCGAACCUGAUGACGCCCCUGUACUUUCAGAUCGCUAUAGCACUGACAUAUAUAAUAGUUACUGUUGUAUUUUCUAGAUAAAGCAGUAUGUUAAAUGACGUUAUGUUACAAUUUCAUAUGAACAUUGAUUCAGAAACAAAUUUGUUGUGUAAUAAAUCCGCAUUCUAUAGUCCAAGUGUCAACGUAAACAGAGUAAACAAUUAAAACAUCACUGAUCUGUAUUAUCGUGCAACAUGAUAUCUACAUGUAGUACAUUAUUAAAUAAUGCGGUUUUUUUACAUGUAAAUUAAAAAUAAGUUUUUUGACAUGUAUUUUUGUUUACAAAAUCGUGUUAUUGCUCUUUUAUAUUGUUAUUGGAUCAAUGGUCAUGUCACCGUGAAACAAAUAUAACGUUUUAUUGCACAGUCACUUCAUAUAGCCGUGGUAUCCUUUUCCACAUGAUCAACUAUUAGCAAAUACAUGUAAAUGAAAUAAGCGUGUAACAUAUUAAUGAUAUUUAUAUUACAUAUAUUAUGUUACAUACUCUGUCAUUUAUACUCUGACCAGGAUACGUAUCUAGUUAUCAUGUCUAAAUUUACAAUGUAUUUACUGGUAUAAUGGACGCUCUGCUUAUUACAAUGUGUGUAAGUAUUACUCGCUAGUUAGUGUUCAAUGUAGAAUGCAUAUAGUUACACUUAUCCAAGACACACAGAUGUAUAUGUCUGUUCAGACAAAGAAAAAUAUUGUGUAAAUUUAAACACUAUAAUAUUUAUGGAACAUGUAGUGUAUUGUAUUAGGAAAUAAGCUAAUACCAAUUGGAGAUUUCUCUCCCUAAUGUUCCACAUUCCUAUAGGUAUACACACGUACGUUUGUACAGUCUGGGUUUAAGUUUUCUCUCGAAACGGACAUUGUGUAAGUACUUAGUAUUUGUUUCCGAGUCGUUGUUGAUUACGUAUUGACAAUAUAAUGUAUUUUAUAUUACCUGAAAUAAAAACAGU